CUGUAGAGUUUUUCUUUCCUCUAAGGUCCAAGUGUUUGACCCAAACAAUUCAAAUUUAUAUAUAGAAAAAGAGAGAGUAAACGAAGCAAGAAAGCACCAGGGUGUUUCCCAUUUGGCUCACCAAGAUAUGGGGGUUCUUUUACUUUUUGCAUGACGGGUUUUACAAUUUUUCCUUAGCUCCCAAAUGCCUUUUUUUCACAAAUCCUCUCCUUCUUCUUUGCAAUCUUCGUCUCGCUCUGUUUCUGCUGAUGGUGAAUUCGUUAACACUCGGAGACAAACAGAAUCCUUUACUCAGAGGCGGCUCACGCGGCAGAGGAAGCUCCGUCACGUAAGUGACCGAGACCUUGGCUGGCAGCCGGGUGAAGGGUCUUGUUCAUCGCCGUCGGAGUCGCCCGGUUCGGCACGGAAGUCGUGGUCGCCGGGUGACUCUGAGCACUGGUCGUGCUCGGCCGUGCCGCAACGGUUACCGCUUCCUGAAUUUCCUUCGAGUUGGAGACCGGAGUCAACGGUGAAUUCGGGGCAGGCUCACCUCGGAUCGCCGAAUGAAGGACCGAGCUCUUCGUUGGGAAGGAAAAACACAGAUAAUGUUGCCACAACUUCAAUGAAAUCUUCAAGCAAUAAUCAUAGGAGACUCUCCCAGGAUGUACACGUUGAACUCAAUAAUUACAACUUGAGGCUAAAUAUUCCUGCCAGGAGCUCUCUGACAAGUGAAUUAUCAAGUUCUGCAGUUAGCCUACAUAGAGCAAGCACUGAUUUUUUUCCUUCUUGUUCUACCACAAGUUCAGCCAAGUCCUCAAACAAUUGUUGUAGGGGAUUGCUUCAAGAAUUAAAUGAUGAAGGUUUUAAUUGCAACUUCCGGCUGAAAAAUCCUGCCAGGAGCGCUCCCACUAGUGUUUUAUCAAGUCCUACUAGAAGCCCACGAAGAUUGAAUUCUGGGGAUCUCUUUCCUUCUUCUGUGGCUUUUCAAGAAUUUCAGGAUACCCUUGUUGCAUGUACUUCAAAAGAGUCACCAGCUAGAGCCAUGCAUAGUCCUGAUCAGUCCCCUUUGCGUGGCCCAACAGUCCAAAGUCCCCAGCCCACACCGAAAAGUCCAAACAGAUCUUUAUUUCCUUCGCUUCAUAAAUUGAUGUCAGAGAGUCACAUGGAGGGGCUCGAGAUCAGUGCCCACCCUUUGCCCCUCCCACCAGGAGCAAUAUUACCAUCACAACCAUCUUUGCAACCACAAUCAACUAGCAUAAAUCACUUCACGGAACAACUGUUCACAUCAUCUUUUAAAGGUCAAUGGCAAAAGGGAAAACUCAUUGGACGUGGUACAUUUGGAAGCGUAUUCCUUGCAACCAACCGGGAAUCUGGAGCUUCAUGUGCAAUGAAGGAAGUUGAUCUCAUUCCUGAUGAUCCUAAAUCUGCUGAAUGUGUAAAGCAGUUGGAGCAGGAAAUAAAAGUUCUCCGUCAACUAAAGCACCCAAACAUAGUGCAGUAUUAUGGCAGCGAGAUAAUUGAUGAUCACUUUUACAUAUAUUUGGAGUAUGUUCAUCCUGGAUCAAUUAGUAAAUAUGUACAUGAGCAUUGUGGAGCUAUUACUGAAUCUGUAGUUCGCAAUUUCACUCGCCAUAUCCUCUCCGGGUUGGCUUACUUGCAUAGCACAAAGACUAUCCACAGGGAUAUCAAAGGUGCAAAUUUGCUUGUCGAUGCAUCUGGUGUCGUUAAGCUUGCAGAUUUUGGGCUAGCUAAACAUCUUGCAGGACAAUCUUGUAACCUUUCUUUGAAGGGGAGUCCAUACUGGAUGGCUCCAGAGGUCAUGCAAGCUGCAAUGCAAAACAAUGCCAAUCCUGAUCUUGCUUUUGCUGUUGAUAUAUGGAGUUUGGGAUGUACCAUCAUUGAAAUGCUGAAUGGAAAACCUCCUUGGAGUGAGUUUACAGGGCCUCAAGCCAUGUUCAAAGUUUUGAAUAGAUCCCCACCCAUUCCAGAAACAUUAUCCUCAGAGGGAAAGGAUUUCCUCCGUCGUUGUUUUCGAAGGAAUCCCGCAGAGCGGCCAACGGCUCUUAUGCUACUGGAGCAUCCUUUCAUUCAAAAUUUGAAUGAUCAAAAUCUUUCAGUCUGUCUGCAGGCAUUUUCUGCAAUUGAUCUUAUAGAUAAAAGGCGUACUGUAAGAGAUGGCACUAAGCGUAAAGAUCUGAUAUCAGUCUCCCCUGAUAGACGGAUCAAGAAUGGGAAUCUGCCUUGUAGUUGUGGAACCUGUCAGCAUUUUAGUUAUAAAAUUUCCAACUGCACCGAGGUGUUUCAUCGUCCGCACUCCAUGCUUCAAGUCCAGCCGCGUCUAUCUACCAUAGACUUCACUCAAAGUUCACAUAGUUGCAGCCCUUCUUCAGAUCUUUCCAGAAAUGCGCCCCUUGGUGCUGUCAACCACCAUCCAUUUGCACAUUUAAGGACUCAUGGAAGGGAAAUCUCACACCUCUUAAACAUGUAGUUGACUUAGAUUGAUAUGGAAACAAUGGUUCUCUUGGUGUACAGCCUGGAAGAUCGAAGCAAUCAUCUAGAAAAGCUGCAGGCCGGACCUCUAACAUAGUAUUUCGAAGUGUUUCGGAUUUAUCAUGUAUGAAUCUUUGCUGCCUCUUUCAAAGUUACAAGGGGACCAGGAAAUCAAGUUGGCCGGCACAGUUGAAGGUUUGUUAUCUUAGAUUCUUUACUAAAGCUUGGGGCUUGAACUAACAGACGAGCUCGUACUUCCAGAUAAUGGAAAUGAUCUCAAACGGAUGGAAAACAUAGGAAGGAAAAGUUAGGAUAAUGUUGUCACAUUUUUGUAUGAUAAAUGGAUUCGGAUGAUUUUGUAAAUGCCAUUCAAGAAAUUGACUCGAGUAACAAUAAAUGUUAUAGGAUUUGUUUCA